AUGUCUUUGCCUUUCUUUCACCUACAUAUUCUCAGAGUCAGACAGUACCAGCCGAAUAAAAAUGUCACCCCUCACCAAGAAUUUCCGUCCCCUAAACUUAGGGUACACGCUGUCCAGGCUGUUCAGGCUGUCCUGCCAGGCUGUCCGUAA